CCUGUGGGAAGCAGCAGCAGCAGUAGUAGCAGCAGCAAUCAUAGCAACAGCAGCAGCAGAGUUGAGGACAACCUUCACACACCAGCUCAACGCCAAGCAGCUGCUCGUCUUGCUCUACGAAAACAGUUGGAGAAAACACUGUUAAGGAUUCCUCCCCCCAAGCCACCUCCCCCAGAGAUGCACUUCAUUCCAAACCCCAACAACACAGAGUUUAUUUACCUGCUGGGCAUAGAACAGUGUGUGGAGCAUAUACUGCUUAAUGGCAAGAUGCAAGACCCACACCCGACACCUUUCGUCUGCACUCAGUGCGGCACAGAUUUCACCCCAUCGUGGAAGUGGGACAAAUCCUCCAUGAAAGGAAAGGGUGAGGAAAACGUCAAGAGUGAAGAAGGUGGUGUAAAGGUGGUCUGUGAGUUGUGUGUGACCACCAACAUCAAACAGGGACUCAAACAAGAACACACAAACCGCCUGAAAGCGGCAUUUGUAAAAGCCCUGCAGCAAGAGCAAGAGAUUGAGGCCCGGAUGGCGCAGGUAUGGGCGCAUAAGGCCUCCCCCCAACCAGAUUUAUCCAGUGCAUCAGUAUCCAUGACUCCUGUCACGGCAUCCAUACCAUCCCCGUCAGCCCGCCUCCCUGCCAGUGUUUCGGUGACAGCUGUGAAGUCUGACUACAGCCACGGGGCAAGGCCCUCCAGCCACCGCUCCUCGCCCUCAGUGGCGGCGCAGCUCCAGCUGCAGCGGGAGAGGGAGAGACAGAGGGAGAGAGAACGAGAAAAGGAGAGAGAAAGAGAGAGGGAAAGGGAAAGGGAGAGAGAGCGUGAAAGAGAGAGGGAAAGAGAAAGAGAACGUGAGAGGGAAAGAGAGAGGGAGCGCGAAAGAGAGAGAAAACGUGAAGAGGAGAGGCAACAGCGGGAGAGGGAACAAAGAGAACGCGAGCAGCGCGAACGUGAACAGCGUGAAAAGGAAAUGUUCUUGCCACCAGGUCUUAGUAAGCAACAGAAAGAACAGUACAUGCAAAGCAUGACAGCGGCAGCUGCUAUGGCUGCUGCUAUGUCUAACCCAGCUGCCCUUCAACAGCUCCAAGCUGCACAACAACAGCUGCUUAGAAUGCAAGGUAUUGGUGGCGCAGCAGCUGCAGCUGCAGCCGCUGCUGCUGCCCAACAAUUACAACCGCACAUAUUAGCCCCGUAUUUACUAGGGCCUUACAAUCCAUUCGGCAUUGGUCAGCUGCAACAACUGAUGGCUGCAUCUGCAGCUCAGCUAGGAGGUGUUCCCCCUACUUCUUCUGCACCCUCAACUUCCAGCAGUAGUAGUAAUAGCAGCAGUAACAGUAGCAAAAGCUUAGCUCAACAACAGCAAGAGCUGAUGCGGCAAGCAGCUGAGGUUCACCGCCAGUACCUAUUGGACAUGAUCCCAUCAGGUGGCCUACACAGCCAGCAGUCUCACUCCAAGUGGAAGAGCUGAUGGGCAGGCGCCUGUCCAGCCUCCCUGUCAUCAGCUCCCACCAGCUCGUGUCAGUAUUGGUGAUGGGACAAUGCUGCUGCUGGUGGACAGUGGGACAAAGGACCCUCAGUGACAGUGACUCAGUGUGUUCAGUCUAGCUCUGGCCCACCUACCUGUUAUUACAGUGUCUGUGUCAUGGCUGCAGCUGGGCCAUAUUGCACCUGGGGUUCCUAGUCACUUUAGGAUAAGGAAGCUCUCUGUGAUGUGACCAGUGGAGGAAGGGUGCUGUUGGUUCAGCGGUGGCGAGCCCUUCAACCGUGGCGCCAGCAACCGGGGUGGUCGCCUGGUGAGCAGUGUCUGGUUGCUGUCAUGGAGUUGGCCACCCAUGGAGAAAAAACAAAAAACUAAAAAACAAUUCUGAGGAGUCUAGAUGGAGAGUUUCAGACACUGGAUGGAAGGCAUCAUCAUUCACAGAAACCGAGACGGUGAGGAGGUAGCCUGACUCCUGGACUACUGGCAAGGCAACAAUAGGCAACCUUCCAUAGUUGAAUAGUAGUGAAUGACAGUUAAACGGUAUUACAUGACCACAUCCCUAAUUUAUUUCUGUUGUCAUUUGUUGUUCAUUACGGUGCAAGGGAAUGUCUUUUCUUCACCAGUUAAUCUGUAUUGUUACAUAGUUGUAGGGUGUCAUGGGACAUGGAGCAAAGGUCUGAGUUUAGUCCUUGCUUGGUUGUGUCUCUUGGCUGCAUCUAUGGGUCUCGCAUGGUCUAGUUUCAUUAGAGUAAUAGCGACACAAAGGUAAUGCAACAAACCAAGGUACUUUCCCUGCACUGUUCAUUUGUUCUUCAUGUGAUAUGUUACUUUUUUCAAACCUUUGUUUUAGCACAAAGGUGGACAGAAUCGCACAAAUUGACCAGUAUGUGCUGCUCACAAACCAGACUUGUUAAGUUCUAUUGGUUCUCAUUUUUUUAUUAUUUUAUUUUAUUUUAUUUUAUUAGUCCGAGCAGCAGCAACAUAAUUUGCGAUUGGGAUCAAGUAAUCUCAUUGAAAAGGCAUUUGUUUGCCAGGAACCGGGUCACCCUCGCAGAGAAGGGCUGAUAAUGUCACAUGAGCCACCAUUUCCAUUCAUAAUAUGAAAUUGCCUAAUACAUGCCAGUGGAACAGGACAGAUUACCAGAAGGUUGAAGCAUUUAUUAUGUAGCAAUUCUCUUUUUUAAAAAAGAGGGUGAGUUUAGAGUGUUAUGUACAAAGUCUUAAUUGGAUGUGAUAUAACCAGAGUUUAUUGCAUCAUUACCUUUUUUGUUGAAUGUUUACAUACAGAUACUGUAUUAAGGAAAGGCUUCUUUUAGAAAAAAUAUCUUUGCCCUGUAUUAUAGAAAUUUUUCGAAGGAAAAUUCACCAAGAAGCCUUUACUUUUUAUAUCUUCAUUAUUGUUUAGAAAAAGUUAUUUUUUCAUCAUUAUUUUUUUUCUAUUUUUAUUCAUUUUUUAUUUUAUGAUCAUUACAGUUUACUUUUCUAUGGUCUCCAUAAUAUUCAUAUAUAAUUUCCUCCCCCCCCCCCCCCAACAUUUUUCCACAAAAGGACGCAAGGGGUGUUCGGUUAGCUCUCCUGAGGGUCCUGGUUUCUGGCCAUGCCGAUACCCAGGAGAUUCCAGUUCUCUGUUCAAGUCUUUAUAAUUGUCAUCACUCCAGUUUUCAUAGCCAUGGCUGAGUUUCAGAUUCAUGUAGGCUAGUGUUUUCACUUCAUAAGUAAGAUAAUAGGGCCUUUUUCAAUAAAGAUCUGAAAAAUCGAAAAAAAA